CAUAUAUUUUUUUUUUGGCAAUUAAAAUUAAUACAUUUACAUCUAAUGCAAUAAACCAUAAAUUAAAUUGCUUCUACUAUAAAAAGAGCCACACUAGACCCUAUUUGUUUUCUCAUCAACAAAAUACCAUGGCUCAAAAUUCCACAUUGGAGAAACCCUCAAGGGGUGGUUGGAAAUCUGCCAUUUUCAUCAUAUUUGUGGAGGUGGCGGAGAGAUUUGCGUACUAUGGAGUGGCCGGAAACCUGUUCAUGUACCUGACCAAAGUGCUCGGCCAGCCCACCGCCACCGCCGCCAAGAAUGUUAACACGUGGCAAGGCGUCUCCGCCAUCUUCCCGGUGGUCGGCGGCUUCCUCGCCGACUCAUACGUCGGCAGAUACAAGACUAUCCUCUUCUCUUCCGUCGUUUACCUCAUUGGCCUAAUUUUGCUGACGGUAGCAGUGUCUGCGGUUCCUCUCCAACUCCGCCAUACAGUUUUCUUCGUAGCUCUAUACAUUCUCUCCAUCGGCGAAGGUGGCCACAAGCCCUGCGUUCAGACGUUCGCCGCCGAUCAAUUCGACGAGAGCAUCCCCAGCGAGAAGUUGGCCAAGAGCUCCUUCUUCAACUGGUGGUACGUCGGGAUCGUGUGCGGCGCCACGGCGGCGGUUCUCGUGGUCAUCUACGUAGAGGACUAUGUCGGCUGGAGCGUAGGCUUCGGGAUGCUGGCGGCCGCCGUCGCCGCCGCCCUCGUGGUGUUUCUGAUCGGGAGUUGGGGAUACCGCCGCCAGGCUCCGGUGGGGAGCCCGUUCACGAGGGUGGCGCAGGUGGUGGUCGCCGCCUUCAGGAAGCGGCGGUUGUCUGAGAGGGAGGCGCGUGGCGUAUGCAGUGAAGAUGAGGGUUUGGUUGGCGGUGGCGCAGGGGUUCGAGCUUUGUCUCGUACUAGCCAGUUCAGGUUCCUAGACAAAGCAAUGAUGAUAGACGAAAAAGACGCAACAAGCAACGAGAAAAGAAACCCGUGGAGGCUUUGCUCCGUAAACCAAGUCGAAGAAGCAAAGCUAGUCCUCCAACUCGUCCCCAUCUGGCUGAGCUGCCUAAUGUUCGCGGUGGUCAUAGCCCAACUCGGUACGUACUUCACCAAACAAGGCUCCACGUUGAACCGAACCAUCACCCCGAAAUUCCAAAUCCCACCCGCAUCCUUUCAAGUAAUCACGGGCCUCACAAUCCUCAUCUCCGUCCUCCUCUACGAACGGGCCCUCAUUCCCUUAUCACGGGCCCUCACGGGCCGCCAGUCCGGGAUAACCGUCCUCCAGCGGAUCGGGACAGGGCUAGCCUUCUCGAUCCUGACGAUGGCGGUCGCAGCAUUGGUGGAGUCGAGAAGGGUUUCCGUUGCCGUAGAGAACGGGCUUUUGGACCGGCCAAGGUCGAUUGUUCCGAUGGCGGUGUGGUGGUUGGUCCCGCAGUACGUGCUAUGCGGGCUUUCUGACGUGUUCACGGUGGUGGGGUUGCAGGAGUUGUUCUACGAGCAGAUGCCGGUGGGGAUGAGGAGCGUCGGGGCGGCGGCGUACAUUACGGUGACGGGCGUGGGGAGUUUUUUGAGUAGUGGUUUGAUAAGUGUUGUGCAAUGGAUUAGCGGCGUUAGCGGCGGCGGGGGUGAGUGGCUCGGGGAUAAUAUCAAUCGGGCCGGGCUCGAGUAUUUUUAUUGGGUUUUGGCGGGAAUGAGUGUUGUCAAUUUGUGUGUGUAUGUUUGUGUUGCCAAGAGGUUUGUUUAUAAGAGGGUUGAAGUUGAUGGAGGUGGUACUCCUCCAUUGUAGUGAUGUAGAAGAAAUGUGUGUUUAUUGAUCUAAGCAUGGUGUUUAUUAUUAAGUUUUUUUUA